AACCCAAAGCAUACCAUCUCCUCUCCUUUCAUCUCAUGGCUGCUCCCGCUCUCAAGUUCACCGCCUUCGUCCUCCUGGCCGCCCUCUGCGCGGCCGCGCUGGCCCCGGCUGCGUCGGGGCAGCCGACGAACGCUCUAGAGACGUGCAUCGGGCGCUGCGGGUGUGUGCCCUGCCCGAAAGGGAAGGUCUGCAUCGCUGUGUGCACGCCCCCGCCGCCCUGCGAGGCCAGAUGCCGCUGCACCUAUUCCGGCACGGGCUGCUAGGCCGGCUGCGACCCUGGCGACUCCGCCUGCACGCCACAGCACCGUCCGUCAGGCAGCAUGGCAGCGCAAGCGCUGAAGCCAGCAGCUAGCUCAUACGUUCUACUCUGUAUUGUAAGCCGUGUGUUUCCAUGCAUGUAUUGCAUGCGCGUCUGUUUGUGUGGUAAUAAAGUGUCAACGGAUCCAUCCGUUGGGGUUGUUCGUCAGUUUGUCA